AUGGAUUUUGUGAUAGGUUUGCCUAAAACCCGAUCUGGUUGUGACGCUAUUUGGGUGGUUGUGGAUCGACUGACAAAAUCAGCUCACUUUCUUCCUAUCCGAAUAAGUUGCACAAUAGAGGAAUUGGCUCGAAUGUAUAUCAAAGAGAUUGUCAGAUGGUCAGUCAAAGAGAACUAUUCAGACCUUGGAAGAUACGCUAAGGGCUUGUGUAUUGGACCAGCCGGCGAGCUAGGAUCGGCAUAUGCCAUUAAUAGAAUAAAGGAGAUUUGUAAUCAAAUACUUAUAGCCCAUAGUCGUCAGAAGAGCUAUGCUGAUCAAAGGCGGAAACCUUUAGAGUUUGAAGAAGGAGAACAUAUUUUUCUGAAGGUAACACCAACCACUGGAGUGGGAAGAGCUAUUAACACUAAGAAAAUGAAUUCCCGUUAUAUUGGACCGUUUGAGAUCCUGAAGAGAAUUGGGCCAGUGGCUUAUAGAAUUGCCUUACCACCGUAUCUUUCAAAUUUUAAUGACGUGUUUCAUGUGUCACAGCUUUGGAAGUACACUCCUGACGCAAGUCAUAUUCUAGAACCAGAACCAAUCCAAGUAAGAGAAAAUCUAACACUUCCAGUAAUUCCAGUGAGAAUUGAUGAUACUAGUAUUAAGCGAUUAUGUGGAAAGGAAGUAUCAUUGGUAAAAGUAGCUUGGAGUCGAGCUGGUAUCGAGGAACAUAAUUGGGAACUUGAAUCAGAUAUGCGAAAGGACUAUCCACAUCUCCUUUCAGGUAACUAG